AUGACAACCUACGGCGCCGGCGUGCCCCUCUCCUACGAGACCCCCGAAUUCCCGGCCCUGUACUGGCCUGUCCACGCCGACCCAGGCGAAGCGCGGUACCUGUACUUUCUCUCAGACAUCUACCGCUACACGCUCUACUGGACGCUCAUCACCAUGGUCGCUGCGCACGCCUGUGUCGCCACCUGGGCCGUGCUCAUGCAAUUCGCGUCCGCGGACCAGCGCCGCAAGUACCUCAAUUCGCCGUGGGGCAGGGCGCUGAGUGCGAAGAACAGGAAGUUACUGGGCGACAAUCCGAUCGGGGAGACGCUGAGUUGGGUCUGGAUUGUGCCUGUCGUGUAUAUUAUUAUUGGGGCAAGCGAGGCCUUGCUGGCCGGCAGUUUGGUAGGCCUGGUGCUGGGUGCGGUCUACAAUGCGGGUUACUUUGGGAUGAGUACCUGGACGCCUCUGUUAUGGGGAGUGAUCAAUAUGCUUGUAUUAGUGGUGAGCAGCUUUAGAAUUCAGGGUGGACUAUAA